AUGGGCAACAUAACUGACGAUGGUCUCCCAGAACGCGGCCCUUCUCCUCUAGCAUCGAACAAUCCUUUCCGCAGCCGUGUUUCCGAUAACACCAUUAGUCCUGCGCUCGCUCCCGUCAGAACUGGUACUAAAAAUCCAUUUCUCGAUGCCAGUGAGAUUGCGUCACCAGACAGAACGACCAAGGCCAGGGCUGCGCGAGACAACGAUGAAAUACCAUCAGCUGAUAAAACUCUAGACUUCUUCGGACUAUUGAGCCUCGAUGACUCGUCGAAAGCCGCGCAAAAGCCUCCGGCGAACGGCACUGCUCGCAGAGAAAAUAUUGUCACGCGACCUCAUCCAAGAGGACUUCCUCCCCGGCACAGACAUAGCAACUCCGAUGAAGAACGUCGACGCCAACAAGGCAACCGCCGGGAACAGCAAAACGAGCUUGAUAUCUUUGCAGACCCCCCUGGACUGAGUCGUCCUCGAAAUGUACGUCCGCCGCGACGUAAUUCGGAAUCUUCAGUACGCGAGAAACCCAAAGACAUGGAUCCAGAGUCCGAAAAAAGGAGGAGGGAAAGAAAACUGCGCGAAGGAAAAGGUUCACACCGCUCUAAGAAACCCAACGCGAAGUUGGAUGUCAUUGACAAACUGGAUGUCACCAGCAUCUACGGAACGGGGUUAUUUCAUCACGAUGGUCCUUUCGAUGCCUGCAAUCCCCAUCGCAACCGAAAGGGCGCCAAACAAGCUCCGAUCCAAGCGUUUCCCAAAGAUUCAAUCAACAUGCAACUCGGGGGGGCGGGUCCUGUCAAUUCAAAACUGAACCUUGAUCAGUAUAAUGGAACCGGCCAAGAAGCACACGUCGAUUACAACGAAGCCGCGGCUGCCGAAGAUGUUACCGAUUAUGGUCGUCGACCACAAACUGACCGGAGCGCCAGCUUCAAUCCUAUAGCUCGUACGGAACCAGUCCAUGGUGAGGAGACUUAUGGACUUGGUACAAGCACAUUCUUAGAAGGCGCCCCUGCAAGCCGAGCGGCGAUACAACGUCGAGAGAGUGAGAACGAGGCCGCUCAGCAAGCAUUCAACGCAGGUGGGUUGUCUCGAAAGAAAAGCCUGGCUCAGAGAAUCAAAUCUGUCCGACCAAAAUACUCGGAGACGGGACGUGUAACCUCGCCCGAGCCGGUGGCAGGCACGAGUAGCCCGCUUGGCACAGGAAAGGCCGAACCGACCAGCGCCAAUCCGUUCUUCCAGGAGUAUGACAAAGACUACGAGAAGAAGGGCACACAGAUCGCAUUCGCCGAAGGACAACAGAAGAACGGUCGAGCUCGUGCACCCAGCAGCCCUCGACGCGGCUUGGGGCUUGAAAGAAAGCUGACCUCUGACAGCAUGGGCAUCGAAGAAGCCAAGUCCGGAAGUUCUGGUGGUGGAUUUCUGAGUCGAGUCAAGAGCAUGAAAGGCCGUAGCCGCACGCGCGAACGGCGGAACACUGGGGCGUCGUAA